AUGGCUGCAGUUUACAAGUCUCUGUCCAAGACAGACAAGAAGCCCGAUGCGCCUAGCAAUGGCAUCAAGAAGAAUAAGCAGCGCGUGCUAAUCCUGUCUUCUCGUGGUGUCACCUUCAGACACCGCCACCUACUCAACGAUCUCGCUACCAUGCUCCCCCACGGUCGCAAGGACGCGAAGUUCGACUCCAAGUCCAAGCUGUACGAACUCAACGAGUUGGCCGAGCUGUACAACUGCAACAAUGUCAUGUUCUUCGAGGCCAGGAAGGGACAGGAUCUGUACUUGUGGAUGAGCAAGGUCCCCAAUGGUCCUACUGUCAAGAUGCACCUCCAGAACCUCCACACAAUGGAGGAACUACACUUCACCGGUAACUGCCUCAAGGGCUCACGACCGAUCCUCUCGUUCGACGCCGCCUUUGAGACGCAGCCCCACCUCCGUGUCAUCAAGGAGCUCUUCACGCACACGUUUGGCGUCCCCCAGGGAGCUCGCAAGUCCAAGCCCUUCAUCGACCACGUCAUGAGCUUCAGCCUGGUCGACGGCAAGAUCUGGGUCCGCAACUAUCAGAUCAAUGAGGAGGAGCAGAUCAUCACCAAGGACAAAAACGACGACGAGACCAAGGGCAAGACGGACCUGAGCCUGGUCGAGAUCGGCCCCCGUCUCGUUGCCACGCCCAUCGUCAUCCAGGAGGGGUCGUUUGGCGGUCCCAUCAUCUACGAGAACCGCGAGUUCGUCUCGCCCAACCAGGUCCGCUCCGACAUUAGGAGGAACAAAGCCCACAAGCACACCACCCGUGCAGAACAGAUCCACGAACGCAGGACUAGGCACGGCGACCUUGGACUACAGACCAGAGGGGGUCAACGUAGGCAGCCGAACGAGUUGGAUACCAAGAUGCUGUUUGCUUAG